CAGUACCUAAUCAUUGCUCUACCACCUUAAACCCUCCGACUCCAACUUUUUCCGUAGGGACUGUUGGGACUCCAAAAGGGUUUCAAGAUCUUAUCCUCCAAGACUCUGUCAUGGCGCUUUGAGCGAACCCAUCACUUUAACUUUCUGUAUUUGCCAAAAGGUUUUCUUGUUUAUCAGAAAUGACAACCCCAUAUCCCUCACAUUUGUUAUCUGCUUCCACUCAUCUCCAAGCUUCCACUAGAAUGGCUCUCAGAAUUCACUCUCCUUGCCUUCAGGGGUUCAAGGGGUCAUUGCAGUAUGUUAAAGAGCAGAACUGCAGUGUGAGUGUUAAACCAUUUUGGUUAUUUCAGAAUACUAGGCCCCGGAUAUCGUGUGCAAUAAAUAUGUCGGCAAACCAGUCAGAUGAUCCUGGAAAAUUGAAAUUGAACCACCUAAUGGACAAGGCAAGAAAGUUGUGGGACAAUUGUCCUCAAUCAGUCAAGAGCUUCCCUUGGAGCAGCGCACUGGAGAACUUUGUUCAACUCAUCCUCGACCUCAUCUUGGCAGUUGUCAAAUACCUAUGUGUACCCUUACUGGCAGUUACGUCCCUUAGUGAAAUGUCUUACUGUGCGCAUGAACGGAAGCUUUUUCUUGUCCCUGUUCCACUUCUCAUUGGGAUUGCUGUUGCUGGGGUCUUGAGAGAUACAGCACAGGAUCUAUCUUCAGUUCUCAAGGAUGCAGAAGUUCCCUGGCAUUUGAUUGCCAUAGCAGCUUUCUUCACAUUUCUCAAAUUGCUGGGGCCAUAUUAUCCAUAUUGGGGGAGAAUAUUUAUUCCACACUUUGCAAACGGGGGGUUAUGGAGGACUUUGUGGUUUGCAUUUUUGUGGUAUAGAAGACCCCAAAAAGAAUUAACAAUCACAUCCCAGCAGAAUUCCGCCAAUGGCAGUCACUCUGAACCAAAUGAGCUUUGAUUCUUGCAGGCAGAAUAUAUGGAUCAGGUACCAUUUAUUUUCACCAAUUACAUGAUUUGAUGACGAAUCUAUUCAUCGAAAAGUUGAAGUAGGAAGCCGCUUCUAUUUGAAGAUUGAUGGUGCUUAGGGUGGUCUUGAUGAUUGCGAGAUAUAAUGGCUGAACUAACAGAGUUUCUGAGUGCACCUUUAUGGUUUUAUCAAUUCUUGCAGGAGGCUUUUGUUGCGGAGUAGAAGAAGUUAAUCUUGUUCUUGUUUUGGUGUUUGUAUUUUAAAGCAUCAUGUUGUCCAGUGCUUGAAUGCAGAUCACAUUGACAUAACCAGAUUUUCAUAAAUCAUAUGAUAGAGUACAUGUAAAUUUCUGGCAGAAAGUCGUCAAAGAAAAGGCUUUGGUAUUUGGA